UAUUACGUGCGUGUGUGAGAGAGAAAUAGUGAGGUAUGUAGAGAGACACCGUAGAAUAAAGUUUUCAACUUUGUUUCUUUCAUAAAGUAACGAUUGGUCAUUAGGGUCGGUAGUGAAAAUCAUUUUCCAUAAUCUAUGCAUCAUUGAAUAUCAAUUGAUCAAAAUCAAAAUGAGUCCAAUACAAAAACAACAUGAUCAUCUUCAACUUAACAUUAACAUUAACACUGACACUGAUGAUGAAGAACAAGAAUCUGAAUCAGAGUCAGAAGAACCAUCAUCAAACACAGCAAAAUGGAAAAAACACUACUCAUCAAAACACAAAAUCCUCUUUGUUGGAGAGGGUGACUUUUCCUUCUCUCUUUGUUUAGCUAGGGCUUUUGGUUCUGCUCAUAACCUUAUAGCCACUUCCCUUGAUUCCCAGGAGAAAAUUGAAAAGAAGUAUAGUAAUGGAAUGAGUAAUGCAAGGGAACUUGAAGAAAGGGGUUGUAUUGUUCUUUAUGAUGUUGAUGUUAAAGUGAUGAGUCAGCAUUUCUUUCUUAAGACUCAGAGGUUUGAUCUUGUUGUUUAUAAUUUUCCUCAUGUUGGAUUCCUUUACCCUGAGAACAGUUACUGCCAGAUUCAGUUGAACAAAAAAUUGUUGAAGGGAUUUAUGGCAAAUGCAAAAGCUCUAGUAAAGAAAGAGGGAGGGGAGAUUCAUGUAACUCACAAAGAGGGUGAUCCAUACAACAAAUGGGAUCUUGUAAGAAAAGCAGAAAAGAGAGGACUGUUCUUACACCAAGCUGUUCCAUUCUUCAAAGAUGACUAUCCUGGUUAUGAUAACAAGAGAGCUCAUGGAAAGUUAUCAGAUUUAUCUUUCCCUGUUGGGGAAGCUAGUACUUACAAGUUCAAGCUCCAAACACCUCUCCCUAACAAAUUAUAACCUAUCUUUGCCAAAUUCUAGUCUCACUUCCUUUGAGACUGUUAGAAGAAUUUAUUUUGACUUAUUUUAUGACAAAUGUUCAGAUCUUCACUUUAUGGCAUGUCCAUUUGUUUAUUUAAACCAAAUUAUGCUGUUACAUUUUUAUUUUUUUUUAUGUAAACAAAUAUGCUACUAAAACAUUGUUAAUAAGGGGUUUGUAAUGAAUGAUGGUGUCAGUUGAAACUUGAACGUA